CUCCCGCCUGAGUACAUGCUCUUUCGAAGAAACCAUCAACUCCUACAACACCAGCAUCCAUAAACAAAAGGCACGACGUGUACCAAACAAUUGGAAAUACCUCUACUUCCUUAACAGCUCGGUUUGCCCUGAACAUCGAGUCCACUCAGCGUUCUUGCUCUUUGUAGCCUCCUCUACUACGACUACUUCAUCAUGGUAUUUGCCCGCCCUUUGUGCAGAUUCGCACGUCCUGCCUCAUCGGUGCUCGCUGCUCGCACAGCUCCACGAGUGACAUCUGGGGCAGCGGCAUUCCGAUGGCGUCAACCUACAGUCUACAGAACGCUAACAGCAACGGCUUCUCAACAGGGAAAAGUUCUCCUCGUCCUCUACGAUGGCGGCAUCCACGCGCAACAGCAACCCGAGCUUCUCGGAACGACGGAAAACGAGCUGGGAUUGAGGAAAUGGAUCGAGGAGCAGGGACACACGCUGGUGACGACGUCGGAUAAGGACGGCGAGAACUCAAAGUUUGACCAGGAGCUUGUGGAUGCGGAGGUCAUCAUCACCACUCCUUUCCACCCCGGCUACCUCACCGCCGAGCGCCUCGCCAAAGCCAAGAAGCUCAAACUCGCCGUCACCGCAGGCAUCGGCUCCGACCACGUCGACCUCGAUGCCGCCAACAAGACCAACGGCGGCAUCACCGUCGCCGAAGUGACCGGCUCCAAUGUCGUCUCCGUCGCCGAGCACGUCGUCAUGACCAUCCUCGCUCUCGUGCGCAACUUCGUGCCUGCCCACGAGCAGAUCGCCCGCGGAGACUGGAACGUCGCCGAGGUCGCCAAGAAUGAGUACGAUUUGGAGAACAAGGUCGUGGGAACCGUGGCUGUGGGACGCAUUGGCGAGCGUGUGCUGAGGAGACUCAAGCCAUUCGACUGCAAGGAGCUGCUGUACUUUGACUACCAGCCUCUGAGCCCGGAGAAGGAGAAGGAGAUUGGAUGCCGGAGGGUCGAGAACCUCGAGGAGAUGCUCGCACAGUGCGACGUCGUCACCAUCAACUGCCCGCUGCACGAGAAGACGCGGGGCCUGUUCAACAAGGACUUGAUCUCCAAGAUGAAGAAGGGCUCAUGGCUCGUCAACACGGCCCGCGGCGCCAUCGUCGUCAAGGAGGACGUGGCCGAGGCGCUCAAAUCGGGCCACCUCCGCGGCUACGGCGGCGACGUCUGGUUCCCGCAACCCGCGCCCAAGGACCACCCGCUGCGGUAUGCGCAGAACCCCUGGGGCGGAGGCAACGCCAUGGUGCCGCACAUGUCGGGCACGAGCAUCGAUGCGCAGAAGCGGUAUGCCGCCGGCACAAAGGCGAUUCUUGAGUCGUACUUUUCCGGCCGUGAGGACUACAGGCCCGAGGAUCUCAUCGUGCACAAGGGUGACUAUGCGACCAAGGCGUAUGGGCAGCGCGAGAAGAAGUAGUAGAUCAAUAUGGUGGGGUUCUCCUUUUGAUGAAGGGAAGUAGUGGGUUAGCGGAUUAGCCAUGAGCGAAUGGAUUCCAAAUGAAUAUCCA